AUGAGCACAGAAAGUAUGAAAAUAGAUUGUAAUACAACAAAAAGUAGUAGUGAAAAUGAACACACUAAUGGAAUUGAUUAUAAGGAAAAAUAUGAAAGAAUUCUUAAAAUUAAUCAAGAAUUAGAAAGUAAAUUAAAAGCAAUGAAAGAAGAAUUUUAUCGUAAAGAAUCUAUAAAUGUUUCAAAGACAUCUGAAAAUGAAAUAAGAAUCAAAGAAUUACUUGAAGAAUUAGAUAGAAAUGCAUUAUUAGUUGAGAAACUUCAAAUAGAAGUUAGUGAAUUAAACAUUCAAUUACAAAAAGAAAAAGAUAAAAAUUUUCAAUUAUCUAUUACAACAACAAAACAAAAUAAUGAUGGAUGUAAAAAGUGUUACCAUGGUAAUACUACUAAUUCAUUUUCAUUAACUAAGCAUAAUAGAAAAGAAAAUAAUGCACCAUUACCCAAUUCUGAUAUCAUUAUUAAUGAGUUAAAAAAUUUUAUUGAAAAAAAUAAUUCUAAUAAUAAAAAUUGUAAAGAUGAUAAUGAUGAUAUGAAAGCACAUAAUGAAUUAUUUAAUGCACUUACUGGAAAUCAUAGUAAAAAUGAUAUCAAUGAUCUCAAUACUUCAUCAAAUUCUAAUAUCAAUUUUGAUACUAAAGAUCUUUUAAAAUUAUUCCAAGUUGCUGUUAAUGGAGAUAAUUCUACUACUACUUUAAAUACUACUUCUACUACAACACCAACAAAUAAUACAACAACAGCAACAACAACAACAACAACAACCUCCUCUACUACAACAACUAGCUCAUUAAGAAAAAUUGAUGAAGGAAAUAUUAAUCAAGGUUUACAAGAUUCUAUUGUUAUUGCAAAUUUAAAAAAUAGACUUAUUGAUAAUAUUAGAAAUCUUGGUACACAAGCAUUAAAUACUGAAGUAAUAGCUAGAGAAUGUAAAAGAUUAAUGACAGCUUACAACAUUGGUCAAAGACUUUUUGCUAAAGUUAUUAUGAAUCAAUCACAAGGAACAGUUAGUGAAUUAUUAUCUAAACCAAAACAUUGGAAUAAUUUAACUGAUAAAGGCCGAGAUGCAUUUAGAAGAAUCUAUGGUUGGAUUAGUGAUGAAGAAGCUAUUGCAACAUUAUAUUCAUUAUCACCAAGAAAAGUUUCUAGUGCUGUUACUGAUACUAUUGAACAUCCAACACCAAAAUCAUUAUGGGAUCUUGAAAAUACAGCACAAUUUCCUAAUAAUUUUAUGUUUACUGAGGAGAAAAGUGAUAAUAUUGUUAAUAAAAAUGUUGAUAAUAUUUCUAAUAAUACUCCUUCAACACAUUCUCCACCUGAAAGUGAUUGUGAUUUGUCAUCAUUGGCAAAUGUUAAUUUAUCAGAAAUAAGUUUAACAAAAGUAAUGGAUUUAUUAGGAUCACCAAUUGGAAAGAAAGAAGAAAUACCAACAAAACAACCACAUUAUAAACAUAAAGUAACAAACAUAACAAUUAAUGAAAUUCCACGAUUAACAUAUGAUGAAACUGGUUUUGAAGGUAUGCUUCAUACAGAAUUAGUAUGUAAAGAAAUUCGUGAUUUUAUUAAUAAACAUAAUUGUUCACAAAAAAGUUUUGCUGAAAUGGUUCUUAACAUGUCACCAGGUGCUGCUAGUGAUGUUAUUACAAAACCAAAACCAUGGAAAUGUUUAACACCAAAAGGUAGAGAACCAUAUAUUAAAAUGCAAUUAUUUUUGGAAAUGAUGCAAAAAAUUGAACCUAAAGUUUGUAAAGAAAAUAAAGAAAAAAAUGAAAAUAUUACAAAUAAUAAUGUAACAAUAACAAACAAAAAAGAAGAUUCUCCACUUUGUUCACAAUCAGAAAAUAUUGGUAAUGAAAUUGUUGAUACAAAAUUAUUAGUUGAUAAUAUAAAAGUAAUAUUAAGAGCAGCUAAGGUAUCAGAUGCAUCAUUUGCAACAAAAUAUAUGGGAAUGGGACCAGCUAUUUUUGAGGAAUGUUUAAAAAAUCCUCGUCCAUGGAAUACAUUGUCAGCUCAUCAAAAAAUUCCUUAUACAAAAAUGAAUAAUUUGAUGAAAGAUAAAGAAUUAUUAGGUCGUUUCUUAAAAGAAGGUCUUCAAGCAUUACCAUCUAUUAAAUCUUCAACACCAUUAUUUGAUAAUGAAAUAAUUAAUUCUAAAACAGCAGAGGCAAAUCUUCUUAAUACUAUUAGUCAAACAUUUGGUUCAACAACUGAAAAUAAAGAUACACCUUUAUCUGGUAAAAGGAAAGCUCAACCACCAGCUAAAUUUGAUGAUAGUCCACCAAGUAAAAAAAGAACUCCAAGAUUUCAAAGAACUAUUAUUACAACACAACAAAAAGAAAUAUUAUUAUAUGUUUAUGCACAUGUUAGACAUCCAUCUGCCAGAUUAAUUGAUAUAUUAGCUAAAGAGAUUGAUUUAAAUGCUAGAACCAUUACUAAUUGGUUUCAUAAUUAUAGGACACGUCAAAAGGCAAAAGAAACCCAAUUAGCUGCUGAAGGAAUAGAUCAUGCAGAGCAAAUAAAAAGUGAAAUUUUAUCUGAAACAAAAGAUAAAACUUAUUAUUUAAAAUUAACAGAAAUAAUAGAAGAAGAUUUAGAAAUAUGUGCUAAUGGUGGUACAUCAACAUCUACUAAUAAUAGUAACUUUGGUACUCCAAAUAAUAAUGAUACUAAUGGUAAUUCAAAUAUUUCAUCAACAAAUAUUAUGGAUAAUGUUAGUGGAAGUUUACCAUUAAAUUUAAAUUUUUCUUCUCUUAAUGAUAGUGGUGAUAGUAUUAAAGAUGAUAAAAGUGAUUCGGGUUCUAAUAAUAGCAGUAAAACAUUAAAAGUAAAUACUUUACAUUCAAUAAUUGCUAAUCUUCAUACUGCUAAAGGUAGUAUUACAGCUGAAUGA